CUCUCGCUCAGGCUCAGCUUCCCCUGUUCCGUGCGCGCGCAGCUCAACCGCAUCGGCCCAUAUUUCUCGUGAUCUUUUCUCUGUGAGUUAUCACACUCAGCAUCAUAUCCCACCUAGCUCCCAUCAGCCAUCACACCAUGCCGCCUCCCGCCGCCUCCUCCGCGUACACCAGGUACGAGACGCGCCGCCGGGACCCCAACCCCGGCGCAGCCGCGCUCCUCGUCAUCGACGUGCAGGGCCACUUCGCGUCGCUGACGGCGCCGGCCAUGCCGGCCAUCGCCACCACCGUGGCGCUCUGCCGCGGCGCCGGCAUCCCAGUCAUCUACACGCGCCACGUCGACCCCGUGCCGCGAAGCCGCCCGCUCGCGGAGUGGUGGGCGGGCGACCACAUCGGCGCCGGAACGCCGGCCGCGGAGCUGCUCCCCGGAGCCGGCCGCGCCGCGGGGGACCUGGUCGUGGAGAAGAGCACGUACAUCGCCUUCGCCGCCGGCACGGGGCUGGAGGAGGCGCUGCGCGGGAUGGGCGUGGAGGAGGUGGUCGUGGCGGGCGUGAUGACGAACCUGUGCUGCGAGACCACCGCGCGGGACGCGUUCGUGAGGGGCUUCCGGGUCUUCUUCUCGGCCGACGCCACGGCCACGGCCAGCCGGGACCUGCACGAGGCGACGCUGCUGAACAUGGCGUAUGGGUUCGCCUACAUCGUCGACUGCGAGCGGCUGGAGGCGGCAUUCGGGAAGGACAAGUGAAGUCAAGUGCGAACGGAACGGCAAGCUCUUCAAUUUCCCAGCUAUUCUUCAUGCAAGUUACUGAACUGAACUAUCCGCGACUCUGCCUAUGUUUUCAACUGCCUAAUGCCCUUUGCACUACUACUCCUUCAAAACCGUGUUUGCUAAACCCUAGCCAAUACCACAUCGACACAUUUGAUGCUAGUUUCAGUGUUUCAUACAGUUGCCAGUUUGAGUUCUUCUCUAGUUGAGAAGCUGACCAGAGACCCAAGAGUAGGAGAUCAAUGUGUUGAGUUUGUUGAUCCAGAUUGCCUUCACUUGUCAGUACCAUUCAAACUCA